GCCAUCCAUGGGGCUUAAGUGGUGGAAAUGGUUGUACAAUGUCUCUCCUUUCACAUAUAUCAUCGAGGGUCCCCUUGGUCAAGGUCUAUGAAUGAUAUCUUGCUGGAUAACCACACACAUUUUAGUCGUCGUAGCUAUUCGCUGCUCUUACACGGAACUAGUCUCUGUCAACCUACCGAAGGGUUUGACGUGCGACAAGUACAUGGGUACUUUCAUGCGACUCGCGGGCAGCUAUCUCACGAACCCCGAAGCUGCAGAAGGCUGUCAGUACUGUCCCUAUACGACUACAGACUAGGACAUGUUCUCGAGGUUCAACAUCGCAUACAAUAAUCAUUGGCAUAACCUUGGCAUCGUUUUCGGAUUCGUCGCGUUUAUUAUUAUCGCUAUUUUCUGGU